AUGUUUAGACGGCUCAAGAAGAAGUUUGAUAUUGAGUUUGAUCAAAAUGAUGGGUUGAUCGAGAGCAAAGAUGAAGCUGUUGGCAGCCAUGACUGUGAACUGAAGGAAAACGAAAAUGUAAUUGAGUCAAGUUGUCAACAACGAAGCUGUGAAGGUGAUUUGGAAUCGAAGAAGGUGGAUGAUAUAGGUGGAUUGAUGGGGUCUUCAGCUGAGGUUGCAAAUUUGAAGACUGCGAUUGAAGUCGUGAUGACAAAUCAAGGACUUGAUAUAUCUAAUAAGAAGGAUAUACCGACAGAUCAUGAUGAAGCAAUGAUUGAUGCUGAUUUUAACAUUGUACAUGACACACUUCCCAUGGAUACUCCGUCCAAGUCCAAGAAGAGGACUUUGGAGCAAAAAAAGAUAUCUACAAGUAAAAUAAAUAAAUCACAAGUAAAAGUGGAAGGUAGUUCUGGUACAAGCAUAUGCAAUAUGGUUCAGAAUGAAGGAAAGGUAAUUGUUUAUGAGCCAAAUGAGGAAAAGGUGGUCGGGUACAAGCAGGAUGAUGUAAUUGAAAAUCAAUGUGAAGCACAGUCUUUACCGAAUGGGUUGAUUAUUGAAGAAUUGGCUAAGAGAGAUCCUAAAGGAAAAUUAGCUCUACGUGGGAGAAAGGUCAGAAUUCAUUUCACUGCGAUGUUGAAGGAAAGUGGAGUAGUAUUUGAAAGUAGCGCUGGCAAAAAUCCUUGCAAAUUUCGCCUAGGUGAUGAAGAAGUAAUGGAUGGUUUUAAUAUGGGCAUUGAUGGUAUGAAUGCAGAAUCUUGUUUUGGAGAAGUAGGAUUUGGCACAAGUGUACCUCCAAACUCAUGGCUGGUGUAUGAGGUUGAGCAAUUGCACAAGAUAUUCAAGCUUUGUGGUUCUCCCUCUGUGGAUUAUUGGAGAAAGUCAAAAUUACCUCAUUCACCAGUGUUUAAGCCUAUUCAGCCCUAUAGACGGCGAAUUGCUGAAACCUUUAAGUAUCUUCCUGAUGCUGCUGUGGGCCUCAUGGAGACCUUACUCUCUAUUGACCCUUCUGAUCGGGGGACUGCAUGUAAUGCUCUCAAUAGUGAGCGGCAGGCGGACGGGAGUUGGGAGAGGGUUGCGGUGGCGGGUGGGCUGGGGAAGGAUUCUGGAGGAGUUGAGGUGAAGCCUGGGCAACGUGUCCUUUCUAACUCAGAUGGUAAAAGACUUCGAAUUACUCAGGCGUCUUUGGGGAUUGGCAAUGCGACGGAAAAGACCAUUGUCCAAUGUAGUGUUGGGAGGAAGAGGAGACCAAUUAUCCUAUGUGCUUUGGUACCAUGUAAAGUUGAGUCAUGCCGUUUGGAGUUGGAGUUCGACGAGGUACACGACUUGAUCUUCUCAGUGAUCGGCCAGCAAAGUAUUCAUUUGACGGGUUAUUUUGUCCGUGACGAUAAACCUAAUUUUCCUGACAGUGAUUCCUGCAAGAAGAAGUUUGAUGUUGAGUUUGAUCAAAAUGAUGGGUUGAUCGAGAGCAAAGAUGAAGCUGUUGGCAACCAUGACUGUGAACUGAAGGAAAACGAAGAUGUAAUUGAGGCCAGUUGUCAACAACGAAGGCUUGUGUUAAGUGAUAAAGAUCAAUCUCAAGAGGAGAUGAUGGUGAUUAUUGAUAGUCUAAAAAAUAGAGGUGUUGUUGGAGAUGAUGGCACACACUCAGCUCAGAACGUGUGUGAUCACAUUCAACCGAAUGACUCAACAAAUAUCUGUGAAAGUGAUCUAGAAUCGAAGAAGGUGGAUGAUAUAGGUGGAUUGAUGGGGUCUUCAGCUGAGGUUGCAAAUUUGAAGACAGCGAUUGAAGUCGUGAUGAUAAAUCAAGGACUUGAUAUAUCUAAUAAGAAGGAUAUACUGACAGAUCAUGAUGAAGCAAUGAUUGAUGCUGAUUUUAACAUUGUACAUGACACACUUCCCUUGGAUACUCAGUCCAAGUCCAAGAAGAGGACUUUGGAGAAAAAAAAAAUAUCUAAAAGUAAAAUAAAUAAAUCACAAGUAAAAGUGGAAGGUAGUUCUCGUACAAGCAUAUGCAAUAUGGUUCGGAAUGAAGGGAAGGUAAUUGUGUAUGAGCCAAAUGAGGAAAAGGUGGUCGGGUACAAGCAGGAUGAUGUAAUUGAAAAGCGAUGUGAAGCACAGUCUUUACCGAAUGGGUUGAUUAUUGAAGAAUUGGCUAAGAGAGAUCCUAAAGGAAAAUUAGCUCUACGUGGGAGAAAGGUCAGAAUUCAUUUCACUGCGAUGUUGAAGGAAAGUGGAGUAGUAUUUGAAAGUAGCGCUGGCAAAAAUCCUUGCAAAUUUCGCCUAGGUGAUGAAGAAGUAAUGGAUGGUUUUAAUAUGGGCAUUGAUGGUAUGAAUGCAGAAUCUUCGUAUCUCUACACAACAAGUGCAGAUAUCAAUCUAGCGGGUGUUGUACCGUUAUAUGAUUGGUUUUGGUUCUUCUGUGAUAGCAUUUUAUUAUUGCAGAUUGGCCAAGGAACUUACAGUAGCGUGUACAAGGGUCGUGAUCUGCUGCAUAAUAAAGUUGUUGCUCUAAAAAGAGUACGCUUUGAUAAUAUGGAUCCUGAAAGUGUCAAAUUUAUGGCAAGGGAGAUUCUGAUUUUGCGAAAGCUUGAUCACCCAAAUAUAAUUAAACUGGAAGGCUUGGUUACUUCAAGAACAUCUUCUAGUUUAUAUCUCGUCUUUGAAUAUAUGGAGCAUGAUCUCACUGGACUUGCAUCACUUCCAGGCGUUAAGUUUACAGAACCACAGGUGAAGUGUUAUAUGCAGCAGCUGCUGAGUGGACUUGAUUAUUGUCAUAGUCAUGGUGUCCUGCACGUUGAGCAAUUGCACAAGAUAUUCAAGCUUUGUGGUUCUCCCUCUGAGGAUUAUUGGAGAAAGUCAAAAUUACCUCAUUCACCAGUGUUUAAGCCUAUUCAGCCCUAUAGACGGCGAAUUGCUGAAACCUUUAAGUAUCUUCCUGAUGCUGCUGUGGGCCUCAUGGAGACCUUACUCUCUAUUGACCCUUCUGAUCGGGGGACUGCAUGUAAUGCUCUCAAUAGUGAGCUAUAA